UCCCUUCUCCGUUCCGUUCUCCCCUAAAAGCGAGCAGCUAGCGGAUAGAUAAAGCUGGGGUCGGUUUUGGUGCCACUGGCUUUCCUUCUUCCCCUUUGCUGCUGACACUGUUCCUCUUCCCUCCUCCUCCUCCUCCUGCUCCUGCUCUCUCUCCCCCUCCCCAUGUCCGUCCUCCUCGGCGGGCGGCCAUGACUGCUGCAGCCAUCUCUAGCCUCCCCUGCGCGCUGCCAGCUCUAGAAAGCUAGUAGUACUCCUACUAGACAGCUGUUGCCUGCCUUCAGCUGUGCCGCCCGCCGCUGCAGGAGAAGGAGAGAGAGAGGGAGAAGGAGAGAGAGGGGAGUGGUGUGCCUGUGCCUGUGGCCGUGCCGUGUGAUAGAAAGAAUCUGCCGAAUUGCUUUCCACCAGUCAUUGACCACCCAGUUACGUUUGAGUUUCCCCCCCCUCGUUUUGUCCCCCCCUCCCUGCGCUGCGCCUCCUGUGUUGCUUGCUGUUGUUCCUCCCUCCUUGGCUGCUUGGGGGCCCUGCUCAUCAAGCUCCUCCCCAGGCCGCCUCAGCAUCUCUCACAUACCGCCGUGUCUGGUGCCUGCUUCUGCUUCUGCUUCUGCUUGCCCCAUCCUCCUUCAUAUUCUUGACGAGUUAAAUGCAUGCCUUUGAGCAGAUUGCACACACACAUCCCUCCUCUCGAUUUUAUUGCCUAUGCCAACCCCUUUUUCUUCAAUAGCUAGCUAGGUAGACACAUACACAUAUCAGUAGUGCGUGCGUGGUGUGUGUGUGUAUAUAUACACACACACACAACAGGUGCAAGAUCAGGCGAAGCUGCUAGCCGCCCUUUGGAGUUUGGAGGCUUGGACUCCCAUCACCUCGAUCACCUAGUAUGUUCCACCACCAGCAGGAGUUCCUACAGGCAGAAGCUGCGGCCGCGGCAGAUCGGGAGAGCAGCAUGUCCAACCUCACCUCCUCCGCCAACGCGGCGCCUGCUGCUGCUGCUGUCCCGCCGCCGCCGGCCGCUGGCAACAACAAGCGCAAGCGGAGCCUCCCAGGCAACCCCGACCCCGAGGCGGAGGUGGUGGCUCUUUCUCCGGCGACGCUGAUGGCGACGAACCGCUUCGUGUGCGAGAUCUGCGGGAAAGGGUUCCAGCGCGACCAGAACCUGCAGCUGCACCGGCGCGGGCACAACCUCCCCUGGAAGCUGAAGCAGCGCGGGACGGGGAAGGAGGCGCAGCGGAAGAAGGUGUACGUGUGCCCGGAGGCGUCGUGCGUGCACCACGACCCGGCGCGCGCGCUGGGCGACCUCACGGGGAUCAAGAAGCACUUCUUCCGCAAGCACGGCGAGAAGAAGUGGAAGUGCGACAAGUGCUCCAAGAAGUACGCCGUGCACUCCGACUGGAAGGCGCACUCCAAGAUCUGCGGCACCAGGGAGUACAAGUGCGACUGCGGCACAAUCUUCUCCAGGCGGGACAGCUUCAUCACGCACCGCGCCUUCUGCGACGCGCUCACCGAGGAGAGCGCCAAGGCCAUCGGCCUCAACGCCAUGGCCGCCGCGCCGGCGCCAGCGCACCUCCACCACCACCCGCUGCUCUUCUCGCCACCGCCCGCCGCGCACGUCAUGCAGCAGCAGCAGCAGGUGGACGUCGCUCUUCUCCAGGAUCAUCACCACCACCACCAGCACCAGGAGGUCAUGCAGCCGCCGCCGCAGCAGCACUGCAACUACGCCAUGAAGACGGAGAUGCCGCCGUGGCCGCCGGCGAUGGCCUACGACCACUCGCUGAUGCUGCCCGCAGCGCAGAGCUCGGCCACGUCCGCGCCACCGCCGCCGCAGCCGCAGCUGCCCGCGGCCUCUGCGCACCUGUCGGCCACGGCGCUGCUGCAGAAGGCGGCGCAGAUGGGCGCCACCAUCGGCGGCGCGGGCACGGGCUACACCCAGAUGGCGGGCGCCGCGACGAGCGCGCCCGGCACCGCCUCCAGCUUCGGCCUCGGCCUCCCGGGCCUGCAGAAUGCCCAUCAUCAUCAGCAGCAGGAUGGCGCCGGGGUCAUGUCCGCCGGGCUCGCGAGGACAGCCUCCUCCCACGGCCGCAGCGGCGAGGAAGGCGGCGCCGACGGCAUGACCAGGGACUUCCUGGGCCUGCGCGCCUUCUCCCACCGCGACAUCCUCGGCCUCGCCGGCUUGGACUCCUCGUGCAUGGGCGCCAUCACCGCCAACGCCAGCAUGAGCUGCUACGAGCCACAGCAGCAACACGCACAGCCUCAGGCUCAUCAGGCGCAGCAGCAGCAGCAGCAAAGCAGCAACGAACCAUGGCACGGCAUGGGCAGCCAUAGCUAGGUCGGUCGCUAGCUACUCUCGUCUCGCUACCCCUGCCAUGGCAGCGAAGCUCGCACGCAUCUGAUCGCUGCCGCCGCGGUGGGUGCAGAGGCAAAACCCCAGUGCAUGCAAAUGCACCGUGCCCUUUUGAGAGUCCGGUAACACUUGCCUCAUCUUUUGCUUCUGUUCAUGGAUACAUCAUCUCAUCAUCUUUCAACUCAUUAACCACGCAAAUGCAAGCGAUCAAACGACCUUGUGGAGAGCUAGAUUUCGAUCAAACUCUAAGCUGGGUCGGAUGAUGAUGAUACAGAAGAGUACGCAGCAGGGCAGGGAGUUGUGUAAUUUUUUUUUGGGUUGGGGGAAGAGAUCGAUCAACAUGUAAACUAGUAAGCUCGAAUCAAGCAGCUGGGAAGAAAACCAAAUAGCUAUGUGACAGUAAUAAUACAUGCAUGCAUUCAUCAUCUCUUUUGUUUGGGCAUUGCAUAUUGCAAUUGUGUUGUGUGAACGAACUGGAGUCCUUGCAUAGUGUAGACUGUAGUAGACCAUCACCAUAGACCAGUAGAGGGUGCAUUCUUUCUUGGGUCUACGAGACAUGUGUGGCCUACUGGCCGUGAUAUAAUUUUUUUCUCUUCAUACUAUUACUACUCCUACAUGCUGCAUGUGUGUGCCUGUCUGUGUACUGUGUCGUGCAAUCAGGCCAUGUACUGGGGCAGUGCUGCCUACUGUUCACCCGUGACAAGGUUUUGUUGGUAUUGGACCUAUUGGGUCAUGGGCACGCAUUAUUCCAUGCUGGAUAUAUAUGCAUGGACUGAUGAGAGCGAAUAUUGGAAAAGUUUGUUACAAUAUAUUAUAUACACAUCGUGAGUGUGCUGCCUUCUUGCUUGCAACUUUAGGAUCUGCAGUAACGAAAUACUAUAAUAUGAAGUUUUUCCCCCUUUUUGUAACUUCUGCCUACGUGGUUUCAAGAGUCAUUUUUUAAUAAAUUUGCUUCUUUGUUUG